UGUCUGUGUGUAUCUGUGUGUGUCUGCGUGUGUUUGUCUGUGUGUAUCUGUGUGUGUUUGUGUGUGUAUGUAUGUAUCUGUGUGCGUGUGUGUCUGCGUGUGUGUCUGUAUGUAUGUAUGUAUCUGUCUGUGUGUGUCUGGCUGUAUGUAUCUGUGUGUGUGUCUGUAUGUAUCUGUGUUUGUGUCUGUCUCUGUGUGUGUGUCUGUGUGUGUCUGUAUAUAUGUAUCUGUGUGUGUUUGUAUGUAUCUGUGUGUGUUUGUAUGUAUGUAUCUGUGUGUGUGUCUGUGUGUGUCUGGAUGUAUGUAUCUGUGUGUCUCUGUGUGUGUGUCUGUGUGUGUCUGCAUGUAUGUAUCUGUGUGCGUGUGUGUCUGCAUGUGCGUCUGCGUGUGCAGGCCUUGGCGGAGUCCAACUUCACCUACACGGCCGCUCGCCUCUGCAAUUUGCUCUCCCAGAAGUUGGUGGUGAACUCGCACGCAGGAACCUUCAGGCAGCAUCUGCUCAAGAGGUGCCACGUUGAGUACGAGAGCCGGGAGUUGGUGGCUCAGGGCGACGCCGCCUCCAGGAAGCGUCUCCACGCCUACUCCAUCUUCCUCACCGAACUCUACCUGCACCUCGAGGUGCUGUCCGGCUCCCAGCGAACUCGUGCCGCCAUCCUGCGUGCCGGAGUGAAGGACGUCAUCCACACGCUGCUCGCUCACCCCACAGAUGACAAUGUCACCUGCUCCAUCAAGAUGCUCAAGCUGUGCGGGUCGGUGCUGGAGGACGACUUUCGGUUGGAGGGGAAGAGCAGCAUGGACGAGCUGAUGGAACGCAUGAAGUCCGUGGUGCUGGAUGGGUCCUGUGAGCGGCCAGUGCGCAGCAUGUUACUGAAACUCAUCGAGUUGAGGUCAAGCAACUGGGGCAGAGUGACCCCCACCUCGACCCCUGCCCCCACCCACUGCCCCCUCACCGACCCAGACUACUACAUGAAUGAGCCGGUGUUUUACACGGCCGACGGGACGCCCUUCACGGCUGCAGACCCUGAGUUCCGUGAGCACUACGAGCGAGUGAUGCAGCACGAGGCGGAGCUGCGCAAGAGGUUCCCGCGCGCCGCUCGCACCGCCACCGAGUCCCCGGACCACUAUUACGUGGAUUCUGACUCUGACUCGGGAGAAGGAGACGGAGCGGACGACGACGACGACGAGAACGGGGAGGGAAACGGCGACGCGGGAAUGGACCCUGAGAUGCAGGCGGCCUUCGAGAUUUUCUGCCAAGAGGCGGAGAAGAAGAAGACCAAGGCGAAGUGAGCGCCAGAAGCACGGGGGGGUGGGAGGGGCGCGGGGUGGGGAGACGCGGAAGAACGGAUGAUUCUACUCGAGGAAUGGGGGGCGAGGGGGGGACAUGGAAUAUACGGGGACAGACGCAAGGGAGGUCCAGCGGGCAGAGUAGCGGCGGGCGGUGGGUGGGGGGAAAGAGAAAAGGCUUCGUGGGAAAGGAAGGAGAGACGGAGAGAGGAAGGAGAGACACACGGAAAGGAGGAGAAGAGGAGACACGAAAAUCUGCGGUAGGUGGACAGACAAUUAAUCCUUCCCCCUCCCCCCGCACGCAACCUCCGAUUUAGCAGCGUUGGCUACGUGGGGUGCGAAAGAAGUUUUGACGUACGUACAAAAUGAGGCGGGAGACACGGGUAGGAUGGGGGCAACUCGCGGUGUAGAUGGAGUUUCCACGCCGGUUCUCAUCAAGCGACAAAAUUGCUUUUUAAUCACGGCGACUUUGCUGCACGACUUUCCCUCGUUUUGAAAGCGAGCGAGCGAGAACGCGUCCGUCGCAUCCUUUGACCUUCACUGGAGUGCCGCCGUCAUGAGCGAUGGGCCAGCUUCACACCCAUGACCCAGCAGUAGCCAAUAGCAGUUGUGGAAUAAGAUAGCCCCCCCCCCCACCACCUAACCGCAUCAUGUGACCUUUCAGCCAAUGGCAGACGAGAUUCGGCUUAAUGCGCGCAUGCGUGUGUGAGAUGAAUUGUUGCUUUUAAACUAUUUUUUUUCGCAUUUUACUUUUCUUUCGUUUCAAGUUGAGGUUUUUAUUCUGGUUUUGCCGCGGAGAGCCGAUUCGCAAGACCCAGGUUGUACACAGAGACACCGCAGCCCAAGAGAGAUCUAACUCUGAGACAGAGAGGGGGGAGAGCAGUCACUGCCCUGAAACAACCUGGAAGUUUCGCCGGCGUUGGUGCACUCAAGCCCGACUCUCGCUGCUGACGAAUCGCCGCUGAAGUUUGAAACUUGUGUGAAAUGUACACAUGUGCGUUGGACUUAUUUUGCGCCAUACGUAGCCAACCGUGCUCAAUUGGAGGUUGUGGCUGGAAGGACAACAAAACGAAACGCCUAAAGCAGUUCUAAAGAAAUUCGUUAUCAGUCUACAGUUUAAAAGUGCACAGCCCCCCCCGGUGGCUUCCUGAUGCCUGAUGGGGGAAGAGCAGUCCGGACGGGUGGAGUUUGCGUGAUGAUGGUUCGUGUUCCUUCAUCUGGCCCCAGGCCAAUGGGGUGAAUCAGUGCGGCCUUCUGUUCCUCCACGAUGCCCCACUCUCCUGGCUUCUUGUGUGCCGUGAAGAUGAUGGGGGCGGCGCAUUGCCGAAAACGUCGCCGAUCGUGGUAUUGAGUAAAUCCCCGAACAUCUGAAGACUGACACCCCGGAAACGAGAAUUUUUCGCGGGAAUUUCCCCUCGAGUUUGGUCCGAAUAAAUGUCGUGGGGAAAUGGUGCGUGGCUUUCGUGGCGCACGCACGCACACACACGCAUGCGCAUGCACCACAGGGCGACGAGUUUGGUUAUCGUUGCCCCUACCCUCCUCCCCCCAGGACAAUUAUAACGUAACCGACGAUCUUAGAACAAGAUUAAGAAGAAGAAGAAAAUAAAAUAUGGACUUGUUCUAGAAUCCGAAAUCAUCCGAAACAAUGCUUCAAUCCAAAACGUUCCAUCCCUAGUCCAUGGCCAACAACACAGCCAUAAGAAGAUUGCAUGAACAUAUUUUUGUCUCUUUGAGACCUUUUUUGCCAGCGUCCAAAUUGAUGAAAAGUAAGAUCAGGUUUUACUCUUUCUGGAAAUAAAACAAGAGUUGUGUUAAGGUGUUCCAACACCAAAUGGAUACCUUUUUGCAAGGCAUCAGUUUGACAAACAAUGCUGCAUGUAUCAUCAUGUUUUUGCCACAAUUCCAUGUGGUUAAUGCAGACUUGAUAAAACCUUGCUAGAAAGAUAUCUAGCUGGUGUUUGAACAUCUUAACAGCUAUAUUCUUGGUUCUUUCGGUAAAGUCACGUAGAAGGGAAGUAAUAAAAUAAGAAAACUUAUUAUUUGAUUAUUUCCCUUCUACGUGACUUUACCGAAAGAACCAAGAAGAUGAAUCCCUGCAGUCACGAAAGAUUUAAAUCGAAAUCUUAACAACUAUCGUGAUUUGAAGCUUCCGUGACUACGGGAAUCCAUACUCUUUGGUACUUUCGGUAAAGUCACGUAGGUAGUUCUUCCUGGUUCAGCAGUUUUACUGGUGGAUUAUUAUUUUUUUUCCGCCUGAGGACGAUCGCUUGUAUUGCGAUCGAAACGUCGUGAUAUCUAUUUUUUCUUCUUGGUUCUUUCGGUAAAGUCACGUAGAAGGGAAAUAAUAAAAUAAUAAUAAUGUUCAUUGGAGCGCUGCCUUUCAGACAGCUCUGUCUUCACCUGAGCACGGCUGCUUGUGUUGUGGCCGAAACGUCGUGAGAAUUUUAUUUUAUUACGUUUUAUUUUUAUUAUUUUAUUAUUUGCCUUCUACGCGAUGACUUUACCGAAAGAACCAAGAAGAUGAAUUCCUGCAGUCACGAAAGCUUUAAAUCGAAAUCUAUUUUUUUUACUUUCUUUUUCUACCUACGUGACAUUACCGAAAUAAACAAGAGUAUCUUAACAACUCCUGUUUUAUUGGCAGAAAGGGUAAAAACUAAAAUUUUCGUCUUCUUUUUUCUUCUGGAAAAUAAAACCGGCCCCGAGAUUCUGCUCAAAUCCAACUCGUGGCUGUAAGGGGGACGGAUUAUCGCUGUUACCGCUUUCAAUGCCCCCCCCCCCCUGCUUGCUGUGGGUCAGUGUUGAGGCUUUGGGUCCGUGUUGAGGCCGUGGGUGUCGAGUGUUGGUUGAGGCUGUGCUUACUAACAGUGUUAAAAGGCUGCGGGUUUGACGUUGAGGCCCUCGGGUUCGUGCCGAGACCCAAGUUAAUAUUUUAAUGUGGAUGUUGCGGGGUUCCGAUUAAGACUGCGAGUUUCGUGUUGAGGCUGUGGGAUCAGUGUCGAGAAUGUGAAUCUGACCUCGUGUGGCGCAGCCCCCGGGUACACAGUCUUCGUGUGAAGUAACAAUAUAAGAUCUUUCGAUACUUUUGGUUUGCGUUUUUUCUUUUUUAAGUCUCCACAAAGUCUAAAUGAAUUGCUGAAUAAUUUAUUGCUGAGUAAAGGGGCUGGCGAUACGUUUAUCAUGUAGCCCUUAGGAUCGCGCGCAGUGUUCUUGGACUUUAAUCAACAAUGCUUGAGCUUCUGUAACCAGAGCCAUUAAAUUUGAC